AUGCCCCUCCUCUCCCACCUCGCUGUCUCCGUCCUAGCAGCCGAACAUGUCUACAUCAUGGUGCUAGAGAUGUUCCUCUGGACUACACCGCGUGGAAUGAAAGCUUUCGGAAUGAAGAAGGAGUUUGCGGAGAAGACGAAGACGUUGGCUGCCAAUCAGGGUCUGUACAACGGCUUCCUAGCCGCCGGUCUCUUCUGGGGCCUCAUCCACCCCGUCCCAGAAGUGAGCAGGCAACUCAGCCUCUUCUUCUCCAGCUGUGUGCUGGUAGCUGGUAUCUACGGUGGAGCCACUGCGAACAAGAAGAUUUUGUUCGUGCAGGGCGUGCCCGCUUUGGCGGCUGUUGCGGCGGUGCUUUUCUCGUGA